CACUUGUCGCUUUGGUUUUCUAUGUCUUGUCUUCUAUGUGUCCUUGCAGUGUGCACAAGGUACCGAGAACAGCUUAGAGGUUUGCACAUUCUCUUCUCGACCGCUUGAGCAUUGAUAUUGCAUGCAUACCAAAGUCAAGGUCAAGACACAGCGCAACAAUGAGCGGAUACAUUCACGCGGGAGUCGCACUCGUUAGGACACAGUCAAAGCACUCGGUCUGGGUGGCAGGAGAGUUGGCACGGGUGUGUUGGCAAUGACAGCAGCGGACAUUCCGGAUGCGGUCUUAGAGACAUGGGACUGGAGCUCCAAGAUGAGCGGAAGGGAGGAAUGCAUGCCCUCACCUUGUUUUCCGGCAGAACACAAACCAGGACACGCACAUUGCCGGUGCAGCCACCGGCUGAAGACAUCUGCCGGCAGAGGACUUGUGCUCAUAGACUCGCUGGCGAGAUGUGCAGCGCACCCUGUACAAUGACAUGCCUGCAUUCUCUGCAUGGCACAGACUCUGGCGCGCACACAAGCAGAGCCCGGCUUCUGACCCCUUUCGAGCAACACAUCGGGGACUGCCUGCGUACGGAAACCAAGGGACCCACCAGAUACAGUGCUGUACUUGACAGACCAUUAUCGCCGGCGGGAUUGCACCGCCGGCGAGCAAGGUUGCUCGCAAGCGGCCCAUGCUCCGGAGUCCUCAGCCCGUGACCGGCCCCACUCUGAUUACCUUUGGAAGCACAUCGGUCGCGGGUGGCACCGUGUCCGUCAUGGCAAGCUCAUUAUCCUCCUCCGAGGAUGACUUCCGUUCAUGCCACAGUCCCAGACAUCGGGCGGAGUGCCAGCCAAGGCUGAUGCGGCCGUAGCCGAGACAAACGGGAUGACAUCCUUUCUGUGCAGCAAAUGUAAGACGCAGUAUGCCUCGCAGGAGCUGUUGCAGCAGCACUUCAACCAGUUGACCAUGCACCAUACCAGCAAGACGUGCGGGAUGGGGCUCGAGACGGCGGCUUGUUGGGCCACGCGCAGGGGCAGAUGCCGGCCUCAAAGCGAAUGCGCCGUCUGGGCAACUAACCCUUGGACGCCGCAGGCAGACCGCGCAACCAGCCCAUGGAACCACGCAGCGAGCUGGGAGCACCAGAGGCCAAUCCAUCCCAUCGGCUUCAUGCACGAUUGCCGGCGCCUCAUCCUGCCAUCCGCGACGCUGAACGUCACUGUUGAUGAGAUCGUCGAGGUCGACAAGAUCGUGCUCCGUGAGCAGCUCUUGAAGGAUCUCGAUGUGGAGCUGGAGGACGACAAUCUCACUCUGGAAGAUGUCCGUUAGCUCGUUGGCCACGCCGACGCGAUGAUGCCUGAUGCUGCCAUCAGAGGACGGUAGACGUCCGGUGUAAACGGGGGGUGCUUCGCGAGAUGCUCCUUGUAUUGCCAUCUGAGCGGAACCUGCAGUGCUUCCGUAUCGACGUCGCAGGCCAAUACCCCGAUUUCGGUUUUGCGGUCAACCGCAUCCUCGGGGCCUUCAGCCAGCAGCCCUGCGAGUUUCUACACGCUCGCCCUGUCUAGUCGCUCUGUGUCGAAUUACGGUAUGUCCGCGGGGCAGGUACGCAAUGGCUCCGUGAGCGCCAUCGCAUUCGGAGACGUGCUGAAAGUGGUGUCUGUUCAGUCCUCGGCCUGCACGCAUGCGGCAUACAGUGGGUUUCCUGCGGUCUGAGGGUGCUGGAGGUGGCGGGUUGAGGCUCGUGAGGCUGCUGAGCUUGUGUCAGACGAGGUUUCAGAUCGUAUACCACAGGUAGCACAAGCAGACAAUGCAGGGGCACGUCAGUCGCAGUGGUGAGGUCGUGGUACAGAGCGGAGAGGCGAGACGUGACUCGCGUUUACGGGGGCAGAAUAGACGCCCCGACAACACGGUGCUCGUGCGAGCUCUCUGUGCGGGACUCUUGAGUGCGUUUCUGUGUCUCUGUCUCAAGAAAUGGUCCGUCCUCGCGCAAGCCCUCUGCAGGGUGCUGUGAUCUCCUCGCUCUCUCUGAAUCUGCCUCUAUCUCUGCUUGUACCGCUGCCCCUCUACUCAGCGAGUAUCCAGCUCUACUACAUUACAUACCACUCUGAUACAGUACAUACCAUAGUGUCUAACACAAC